AUGAGCAAAUCGAUCACCUCCUUCUUUCUGCCACUCCCAACGACAAGCAGGAAAAAGACGACGGACGAUGCGGAAGAGAAGACCCAGGAGAAAAGACACACGAAGAAGCAGACGAAGCGCAAGCCUAGCCAGCUGCUAGCCCAGCCGCCAGACCAGCAACCACAAGACUCGGACAGCCAAGACGAGCCCAGGAACAAGCGCAGCAAGCCCUCCGGACGGAAGAAGGAGCCCGUCAAGAAACGGGAAGCUCGCCCGCCCAGCCCACCAGCCGAGCCUGACCAGCCGGUCACCAUCGACCUGACGCUCGACUCGCCGGAGGCCAAGAGGGCGGAAACCGCCAAGAGCUUCACGCGGCCCACCAGAUCUGAGACGACCACGAAACAGACCGACCAGCCGGGCCCAGCGCCCCACAUCAUCGACCUCGCCGGGUCUCCGGCCAAGGACAAGCCGGCGGCGGCGGCGGUGGCGUGCAAGACGUUUGCGGACUUUGCGGCGCUCCGGCGGCAGAAGACGCGGCGGAACGCGCGGCCGGUCGUCGAUGCGGCCUGGCCCUCGGCGGAGUGGGUCCACCAGCGCUUCCUGGACGCGGCGGGAGCAGGGCCGGAGCGAGCGAGUGGGGGGCUGCGGCUGGCGACGAGCAAGGGCAAGAAGCCGGUGCGCCGAUGGGGUCUGGAGCUGGGCGACGACGCCGCCGAGGGGUGGAUGGCGCCGAUCGGGACGGACGGUGGCGAUGCGGGGCCGGCGGGCCCGACGCUGGUCCGGCUGGCCCUCGCGCCCCCGACGACCCUCAUCCCGGGCCUCGAGACCGACCCGUGCUUCCGCCAUCCGCUGCUCGCCCGCCUGCUCAAGCCCCUCAGCUGGCCCCUCCCCGGCCCCGCCCCCCUCGACCUCCCCGCCCUCCGGCGCGGCCACCAUCGCUCCCCAGACGCCGUCAGCCAGCUCUGGACUACUACCUUCGCUCCCAAACGCGCCGCCGAGAUCCUCGGCGACCACAACCGCCAGUGCGCUCUUACCCUCAAGUCUUGGCUCCUCGAAAUCGCACUCAAGGAAGCCUCCCACUCCACCCCCGAUCAUAGCCACACUCCGGACCAGAACCAGGCAGGCAAGAAGGGCGCGACGAAGCGGCGGAAGAAGAAGAAGAAGCAGAAGACGGAGGAGAAGAAGCGGGUGAUCAUCCGGGCGGUCUCCCCGCGGAAGCGCAAGAAGGCGCGUCGGCUGGUGGACGGAGACGACGAGAGCGAUGGGCUGGACGACUUUAUCGUGUCGGACUCGGACGAAGACACGAUCUACGCCCAGGACAUCUCGGUCUCCGAUGGCGAGACGGGGGCGAUCUGCGGGGGGAGUUCGCCGCGGAAGCGACAGCGGUCGGUGUCUGUGCUCCAUCCGGCGUUUGCGCCGACGGCCCAUCAGCAGCCGCCGGCCGCGGAGGUGGAGCAAGAGACGAGGUUCGAGUUCGAGCAUCUCACCAACUUGAUCCUCCUCAAGGGCCCCCACGGCGUCGGCAAGUCGUGCACCGUCCAGGCCGUCGCCCACGAGCUCGGAUGGGAGGUUUUCGAGGUCAACCCCAGCCAGCUCCGCUCGCGCAAGGAAGUCGACCGUCUCAUCGGCGACGUGUCCAAGAACCACGUGCUCUCCUGCUCCGCCAAGCAGCGCCCCGCCCUCUUCAAGCCCUCCUGCGCCACUCCUAUCCCCAUCUCCUCGAAACCACCAGCAGGGGCUCCUAUCAAUCCGUUCGAGAAGAUGAUGAAAGCUACGCGCGAGCAACCACCUCCGCAGGCCGCGGCGCCGGAGCCGCCGGGAAGCAAGAAGACCAAGCAGUCGUUGAUCCUGCUCGAGGAAGUGGACAUCGUGUAUGGGCAAGACAAGGAGUUCUGGGCGGGGGUGGUGGAGCUGGUGUCGAAGUCGAUGCGGCCGGUGGUGAUGACCUGCACGGACUCGAGCGUGGUUCCGGUGGCGAGUCUUCCGAUCCAGACGGUGCUGGAGUUCGAGCCGGCGGGGCGGGACUUGGUGUCCGCGUUUCUGGAGGUGGUUUGUCUGGUGGAAGGCCAUCUGGUGGGGCGGGCGGAGCUGGGCCGGAUGUACGGGGGCGAGCUGGUGUACGACGGGAUGGCGGGGGGGCUGAGCCUGAUGCGCGCCAAACGCGCCGCCGCGCCCUUCGUCGAGCUCUUCCAGGAGCCCGCGGCCCCCAGCCUUCCCCAGCCCGACCUGCGCCGCACGCUCUGCCAGCUCCAGUUCCUCUGCCAAUGGGCCGUCGGCAGCCGGUGCGCGGGCGUCGACUGGCUCGACCUCGCCCCCGACCGCGCCGCCAGGAUGCUCUUCUCCGAAAACACCCUCCCUCGCCCCCCCGCCCCCGCGCCUACCCUCCUCCGGCAGCUUGACCCCGCGCAGGACCCGUUUGCUCGGUUCGAGAAGCACGACUUCGAGCUCGACUGGCUCCCGCCGCUCUCCGGGCCCCGACCGCCGCCUCCUCCCCCCGCCCCGUCCGAUCCCGCCCACGCGCUGGCCCAGGAGCUCCGGGUCCUGGCCCAGGCCCACGAAGAUCUGUCGUUCGGAGACGCGUAUGUGGACAAAGACCACGAGGUCGAGGUCGAGCAAUUCGAGGGCGAGAUAGAGCCGUGUGGGCCGGACGCCGUGCUGCUGAGUGCGAGCCCGACGGCGGCGCCGGGGGGCACGAUCGUGGAGAUCAAGCGGCCGUGGAAGGCGUCUGCGGAGGGCUCGACGACGGUGCUGGGUGAGGAUGCGCUGGAGGGGCAGGAGCUGCUGUACCAGCACGUGAGCGCCCGCCGGCCGUUCACGGGGCCCCACUACCGGCGCGAGCAGGACGCCUUCCAGGCCCUCCUCCAGGCCCUCGUGCGCGGCUUCUGGGCCCGGCCGGUGCCCGCGCAUGCCGGCAUGGGCUCGCACGGGGCCUACGUGGCGCGCUUCUUCACGCCGUUCAGCCACGCCCGUCUGCUCCAAGCCAGGCGGGAGAGGCUGGGGGAGAUGGAUGGGCUGAUGGACUUCCGUGGCUCCCGGGCCUUCCUCCAGCCGCUGGCGGUCUACCUGACCGAGUACGGGCCCUUCGUCCGGCUCGUCGAACACCCCCAGGUCACCGAACUCGACACACAGAUCAGGAUCGACAAGCUCAUCCUCGCCUACAAGAACAUCCUCGAUGCAACCACCACCACCCCCGAGCCAGACCAGCAGCUCGGCAAGCUCGCCACCGUCUGCGCACGCGUCAUCGGCCGAUUCAUCGAGCGCGCCAUCGAGCUCGACGCAGGCUGGCUGGCGGACAGCGCACAGCCGCCCAGCCUGCUCACCGACGUGGACUGGAAGACGAGCGUGAUGGACGAAUGGUACGACGCGAUCCCCCUGCUCUACAGAAGAUAUGCGCUCGCCCAACACGCCCUCGCCAUCAUCCUGCGCGCCUUCCCGCUCGACCACAAGCCCCACGCGAAGCGGGCCGGCCUGAGCCACGCCCAGAAGCUCGUCCAGGCGCUCCACGCGCUGCACCGGAGCUACGCCGGGCCGGCGAUCCAGGCCCAGGCGCUGCUGCUCCUGCCCGCCCUCUUCGGCCUGCCCACACGCACCUGGGGCGAGAUCUGCGACGACUACGAGCACCGCUUCGCGCUCGGCGAGCACUGUCGCGCCCGGCUGGUCGCCGCCCAGGCCGGCAGGACCUUCCUCGAGAUCUGCUCCGACCGCGAGCUCGUCGCGCUGCUCGACCUCGCCAUCCACCGCCUCGCCGGCUGGGCCUUCGAGCGCUGGCUCGUCCAGCGCGACGCGCUGGUCCUGGCGCGUGCCCGCUGGCGCCGCGGACAAGAGGCACGGCUGGCCGGGCUCGAGUCCGACGACGAGGACGACGACGAGGGACCGGGAGGGAUGGAGGAAGAGGCGGUGGUCGAGUACGACCGGCAGAGCUCGCCCAUCCUGCUCAAGUGGAUCUCCUCCCUCGUCGCCGCCUGUGUGCCCAGCUCGAUCCAUUGCGCCGCCGCCCGCAGCCAGCUCUCCGCCAUCUCCCGGCUGCUCUUCGACGCCCUCAUGGCCGCCAGCCCGCCCUCCCCGCACACCCUGUGCUCGGAGCAGGACAACUACUUCCUCGCCCUGCUCUCCAUCACCGUCGAGUCCCAUCGGCUCGCCCUCUUCGGCCUGCCCAUCUUCAACACCGGCUCCGUGACUCCCGAGGACGACGAGGCGGCGUCGACGAGCUCGGGCGACGGCAAAUGGAGCUCGAGCCAUGCGCCGAUGCGGCUGCAAGUCCUCAUCGCCAAGUUCGACAGCCCCGACGGCGCCUCUUCCUCCUCCUCCUCCUCCUCCUCCUCGUCAGAGGGCGGGGACCGGACGGAGACGAAGAUCUUCGGGAAGGCGGCGAAGCUGUUCUUCCGGGCGCACCGGACGACGCGGCUGCUGGCGGUGCCCCCGGGGCUGCUCUCCUCGCCGGGCGGGGCGGAGGAGGAGGAGGAGGAGGAGGAGCGGGGACGGGUGCCGGGGCUAGCGGAGCUGUUCCGGAGCGUGGUCGAGGGCCCGUACGCGCUCGAGCGGCUGGCGCGCAGCUGGGCGCGCAGUCUGCUCCACGCCGACCCCGCCCUCUGGGCCCUCCACGCCCUCCCGCCCUCCGACCCGCCCGCCGACCAGCGCCGGCGCGCCGAGAAGCUCGCCGCCGACGUCCAGGCUUGGCUCCGCCACUGGCUCGCACUCAUCGACGACGCCCACUCGCUCCGGCACGCCGACGACUUCCCCGCCCAUCUCCCCUCUCCAGAAGCCGAAGACGACGACGACGAGAAGCCGCCCGCUGCCUGCUGCACCUGUCCAUCUGCCCCGCCCCUCCUGCUUGCCCCCGACGAAGAAGAAGACACCAAGCCGCCAGCCGCCCCCGCCGAGGACGACGGGGGGCAGAAGAGGCCGCAUCCCACGCAGCCGCGCCCGCAACAGGUGCGCGUCGUCGUGCCCGCGACAGCCCGUGUGCCGGCCGGGGCCAGACGCAAGAAGCGGGCGCCCCGGCUCUCCCUGCCGGCGGCCCGGCGCCGGCUCUCGAAGUCUCUGACUCCUGCGGCUGCCGCCCCGUCCAGCGGCUCCGGAUCGACGACCCGGGCCGCGGCGGUUGCUGCACACUCGCGCCCGGCCGCGCCUCCCUCCACUCGCCCCGCUCGGCUCGCGUCGCUUGAUGAUGACGACGAGGAGGACGACUUCGACGCGAUGAACUUGCUCGCCCUUCCCCCCAGGGCCGCCUCCGUCACUGCCGCUCGCUCUCUUGAGGCCCUCCCUGCUAGGCCCACCCCCUCCAAACCUUAG